CCAACACCCCGCCCUCGGGCAGCUCCUUGGACCCGUGGCGCUUCCAUCCCUCAGGGACUGUGUCCUGUGGGGGCCUCCGUCCCUCGCCAGUAACGGUCGCCUCCCUCGACGGUUGGCCAGGGCUUCGCGGCCACGAGCUGCCAGGAUGGCUCAUGCUGUCCCUCUCCCCAUACCUUGUCCAGUCCAGCUUGGUACUAUAAAAAAUGAUUCAUUGGAAGCUCAACUGCACGAAUAUGUUAAACAAGGAAACUAUGUUAAAGUGAAAAAAAUCCUGAAAAAAGGUAUUUGUGUUGACACAAUUAACUCCUUGGGCCAGACCGCUCUGUUUACCGCUGCAUUGCUAGGUCUUGGUAAACUAGUAAGUGUGCUCUUGGAUUAUGGAUCAGACCCAAAUCACCGCUGUUAUGAUGGGAGCACCCCAGUACAUGCUGCAGCAUUCUCAGGAAAUCAGUGGAUUCUCAGUAAAUUGUUGGAUGCAGGAGGUGAUCUGCGAGUACAUGAUAAAAAUGGAAGAAAUCCGCAGUGCUGGGCUUUGUCAGCUGGAAAGGAAAGUAGUGCUCAGAUGUUAGAAUUUAUACGGCGUUGUGCAUCACACAUGCAGGCUGCAAUUCAGAAUUUCCCCUCUGAUUUACUUAGGAAGGUUGGUUCAUCAAAAGUACUGGUCUGCAACCCAUCUAGAUUUGGUGGCAUUACUCAAGGAAAUGCUGACAGUCCUCUGACUAGACUUCUAAAAGGUGAAGCAAAUUCAUCAAGAAACAUCUACAGUUUUGGCUUUGGGAAGUUUUAUCUAACAGGCAGUAGGCAGCUAGGGUACCUGGCAUCUCUCCCUAUCAUUUGGGAUAAAGAAGUGGUUCAGGCAGAUGAUGAGCCAACAUUCUCUUUCCACACUGGACCGUACAUGAUCAUGACAAAUUUAAUGUGGGGCAGCAGCAGAGUCACAGUGAAGGAGCUCAGCCUUAAACCACAUCAGAACUGUAGUAAGCUACGUUUAGCUGAUCUUCUAAUAGCAGAACAGGAAUAUAGCAGUAAACUUCGUCAUCCUCAUUUGCUGCAAUUGAUGGCAGUUUGUCUGUCCAAUGAUCUGGAAAAAACCCGUUUGGUGUAUGAGAGAGUUAACUUUGGUUCUCUAUACAGCAUCCUUCAUGAAAGGCGUUCAGAAUUCCCAGUAUUGCACAUGGAGACAAUUGUGCAUCUGCUGCUUCAGGUUAAUGAUGCUUUGAGGUUUUUGCACUCACGGGGAUUUAUCCACCGUUCACUCACCUCUUAUGCUGUACAAAUUGUUUCUGCUGGUGAGGCAAAGUUAACCAACUUGGAGUACAUGAUAGAAAGCAAGGAUGGAGGAGACCACAGUGAUCUCACACGUGUUCCUGUCCCAGCCCAGCUGUAUAAGUGGUGUGCUCCUGAAGUGAUCCUCGAAAAGGCCGCCACAGUCAAAUCAGACAUUUAUAGCUUCUGUAUAGUAAUGCAGGAAGCCCUAACAGAAACUCUUCCCUGGAAUGGGCUUGAAGGCUCAGGUAUUAAAGAACUCGUAGUUUCUGGGCAACAUUUGGAAACGGAUGUCAGGCUUCCUAACCCGUACUAUGACAUUGUAAAGACAGGUCUAGCGCCUAAACAAAACGACCGCUCCAUGAGUCUUCAGGAUAUUCGCUAUAUAUUGAAGAAUGAUUUAAAGGACUUGAUUGAGUCUCGAAUUGGUCGCUCUGAUGAAAGCUCAGCUGCACAAAGGCAUGACAUAUUUCCAGAUAUAAACAUCUGUUUGAGGUCCACAUCUAAUUACAAGAGGGAAAUGCUAGAGCUGCAAGGAGAGGAGAUAACAAAGACUGAUGGCAGCUUUACUGCACCAAGGUGUUCAGUUUCUCCUGCUGAAAAAGAAACCAUUAUAGAUCGUGAGGGUAUAACUUAUAUUCAGCCAGUUAUACAGGAUCUGAGCCAAGAUAUAGCUUCUGAACUCCAGAGGACCUACAGUGUUAGCGAGGUGGACGACAGCCUCUGUAGUUUUGAAAUCAAUGAAAUCUAUGCAUGUUAUCCAGAAUUACAUGAAGAUGUUCUGGAAGAACUAGCUGGAGUAGAUCAUGCUUUGGAAGAUCAAAUAAAACAGCAAAAUGUAGACAAGGACAGGGCCAUCUCCCAGAUCCUACCUCCGCUUCCUAAAAUACAGUUAGUGGAGCAGCCAAAUUCUAGUGAAGAAGGCAGCUCUUCAGAAAUGGGUACAGAGUACAGUAUAGAGGAGGUAGAGAGACUAAGUGAAGCCUCCGAGUCAUGCAUGCUGCGCUGUUUGGGAGCAGAUGUCAGGGAACGUGUGCGUAGCCCAUCCAAAACUGAGCAGCACAUCAGCAAAUGUGUCCUUAAUCUCAAGAUUUCUCAGACCUUAUUGCGGCAGGCAACAGAUUCCCUUUACAGAACAGAGGUGAAAUUAGACAAAUUAGACACUGUUCAAAACCAACACAAGCUGCUUAAGGAAAUCCAAGCAGAGCAAGUUUCUAAGCAGAAGUCCAUAGAGAGCUACUUAGAUAAAAUUGAUGAUAUUCUCAAAAAUAUCAAGAUCCCCUUGUCAGGUGCUGAUGCUUUUUUGUGGAAGGCAGUAGGCCCUCCAUCAAGGAACUAUAUACCACCACCACUGCGAGUGCCUGGGGCGCAAAGUGCUUUGGAGGUUGACCAUUUCCAGGCUAUCUCAAAAGCUGUGAAGGAACCAAGAGCAAUUCAGAGUGAGAAGACGGAGUGCGUUGAUCAAAGGCGUAAGAAUAAAGAUGACUGCCAGAAUGAUUUCAGCUCCAACAUGGUGAAGAGUACUGAGGCUCGAAUAGUGCCAAACUAUCAGCAAUUGCAUUCACGUGUGGCUGUAAGACGGAAAAAAAAUGUCAACUUGCAACACCAUAGAGGAACUGAUUCAAGUUCUGGAGGAAGUGGAAUCGAGGAAGAGAAAUGGUUAUUUCCAAAAUCAGCAUCUGAAAUUUAUAACACAAGGAGAAGUGAGGAGCGAAGGAUGGUGCAGUCAGAAUGGAAGACUGAAGUGAAACAAAUGGCUAAAAGAGUGGCGUCUGGGCAGCUGGGACUUCUCCCUCCAUAUCUGCCGAGUGAAUGCACCUCAGAAAGCGAGGCAGAAAGCGUGAAGGAAGCCUUUCCACAUAUCACCUUCAGGGGCCAGGAAUGUGCUGGCUGGCAGAGAAAGGAUGGCAGGUGGCAUACAGGCGAUGGCACUGAAACCCAGGAUCUGGGCAGGAAGGAUGAGUCAGAGGAGAGUGACUUGGAGUCUGUAUUCAGAAGUUUUGCAGGCAGAAGUUGGCAGUCUCUAGCAAAAGAUGAGCAAGCAGAGUGCGGAGCAAACCUUCCUAAAAAUUCAAUCAGUCCAACAGAAGCUGAGAAUCCCUGCUGUGAACAUUCAAGUGAAUUAACUCGUUCCCCCAAUUCCUCUCCUGACAUAUCAGAUGAGUUUUUCACUCCUGAUCCAGAUUAUUUGUUCUCUCCAGCUGCUCAGGAAAACUCUGAACGAGAGACCUCAAGUUCUGAAGAUGAGUUAGAAGUUACCCAAGAAGCCUGUGUACAGAAACAGAUCUCUACUGAUACAGGGUCAGGAGAGAAAAUAUCUAUGUGCAACGCAGCAGUAAAAGGCCUUGGCAGUAACGAAGUGGGAGUGAAUCAAGUCAACCAUACUCCUGUAGCCAGUGCUGAAGUAUCACAAGAAAUGAUAUCUAAGGAGACACCGAAAGAGUUCAAAGAGAAAGAUAUAUCAUUGACAGAUAUUCAGGAUUUGUCCAGUAUUUCAUGUGAGCGAGAGAACUCUUGUAAGGAUAUAACUUGUAAAACACCCAGAGUGAGUCAUGCACCAACUAGUGUCAGCACUCCACUCAGCCCAGGAAAAAAAGUGUUAUCAACCAUCAAGAAAUGCAGAGACUGCCAUGAAAUUCCCCUGGAUACCUCUUGUUGGGCUACUCAGGAGACUUCCCUAACAGUGUCUAGUAGCUUCAUUACAGCCCGUGAGAAGGGAAAGAACUCAGAAACCCCCUUCCUUUCUUCAGAAACCUACUUCUCUGGAUUGACUGAGCCUAGUGGUUUGUCGUCACUCAGUGCUUCUUCACUUUUGAGAAAGGCCAGGAAAGAAUCUCGUAACCCAUUUCCUGCCACUCAGCAGAGCGACCUACGGAAAGCUGAUUCGAGCCCAGCUUUCUCCCAGGUAUCAGACCACUUUAUUAAUGAGCUGCCUCCACCAGCCCAGGAGCUACUUGAUGAAAUUGAAAAUUUAAAGCGGCAAGAUGCCCCCUAUCAGGACUUUGAGGAGAGAGGAUCCCAUACCCACAACAUGCCAAUGAAUGAGACCAAAGGACACAGUACUGAAUUUUCCAUGCCAUUGAAACCCAGAAUGAUAAUAGAUGGGAGUCAUGUUUCAGAUGUGCAGCUCAAGUCACCAGUUCUCACUCAAAUUAAUCCAGAAGAAAAAGAGGAGGAAGAAGAAAUUGAGAAUAAGGGAGAGAGAGAUCACAACUUAUCGACUAAAGAGAUAUUGAAUCUAGCAGAAGAAACAGAAAGGGCUCAUUCUACUCUUGAUGAUCUCUUAGAAAAAAUUCUCCAACCAAUUCCGGAGGAUUAUGAAGUCCAAGGAGAAUGCCUUGUCAAGGCAACAAACCUUAAAGAUCAAGAAGCUGAUGAAAUGAAGAGUGGAAUAGAGGAAGGUGGCACCAGGGCAGAAAGCAGAGAGACCGAAAGCUGUGCAGGGAAUACUGAAGCUACAAAUCCUGAGGAUCCAAAACCCAGCUUAUGGCAGCGGCUGCCUUGGCCUUCUCCAUUUAGGAUAAUUGUCCUGGAUCAGAGCAACGCACCUAAGUGAUCAAAGUAGAUAGCAUAUAAACCUUCAAUAAGUUGUUUGACAUCUUCCUCUUACACGGUACCUAUUUCUGUGAUGUGCAAUGCUGUUCACCAAAUAAGCAGUCUUACAGUUCUCAGACUUCCUUUAAUUGUAACAAUCGAUACAAAGAGACUGAAUGGUUUGCUCUCCAAGUACAUCUGGUAUAUUAAGUUUUGGUUCAUUUUUAUUUAGCAAUCGCUUAUAAAUGAGAGGCAGCAUUCUGAAUUAUGCUGUAAAAUGGAAUUGUUUUCCAAAUAUAACUGUGCCUGUUAAGCCUUCUGCAGCUUUGUUUUCUCCUUAGCAUGCACGCUCGCUUUCAUAAGUGAAAGCAUUUCUUGCUUUGUUGCAUUAUGCAGUUUUCGUUAUUGACAAAAAUGAGUCUCUUUAAAUUGCUGCCGCUGCUUUUGCUCUCGUUAGCUUUUCAGUGCCAGGGAGUGGAAUGUGAUGUUACAGCCCACGUGUGCUUUUUGCUUUGUUUGCUCAUUAGAUGUGACAAGGUAAUUUCUUGUUCUCUCAUUUUGUGGAAUUCUUGUGAUAUAAAUUGAACUGACUGAAAUGAUUUAGAGGAUUUAUCUUAGUGGAAAAGUGAAUGACUGAGAAAAAGUCAGUACUCUGAAGGCAGCAUAACAUACACUGCUAGCUUCAGGCAGCGAUGUGUGAACAACUGGUUGAUAAUAUCAAGACCUCUCUUAUUUAAUCAAACCAUGCCUCUGCUGGACCUGAUCCAAAGCCCAUCCAAAAAAAGAGUCCCAUUGAUUUAAUUGGACUUCCAGCCAGGUCCUAAAUGGGCACAAGUACUUUAGAAUUGAAUAUCUGUUCUACAACACUACUCUGGUGCAGUAACCCUGUGAAGUUUAGAGCUGCUGCUGGUCACUUCAGCGUAAAUAUUGUGCCACUUUGUGUUAGGUUUUCAGCUGCACAUGCUGUUAUUGUGCACUUCAUGAGUUUCUUCCCUGAUUAUGGUGAGAUACAAUGCAUGCCUGUAGCCGUUACAUGGGUUUACUUAUCUGAAUGUUAACAAUACUAAUAAAAGUCUUCUGAGUUUA